GUCAUAUAUGUAAUAUGCAUAAAAUUAUGUUUUAGCAUGCGUUACAAAUUUAACUCAGGUGUUUCGGCACAUAUAUAAUGCCUCCCUAGUAUUCUAGAAACAUCUUAGUUAGGUACUCACGUUAGAGUAGACUAAGUUGACGGCAAUAUUGGCAAAACCACGACGAUGAAAACGCAUAAUAUUUUGAUUCUACUACUGGGAGUACUGAACGUAUGCAAUGCUCGCCGAAGCAUAUGCUACUAUCCGUAUGCAUGUGGAUCGUCACCUUCAACGAUCAUUAAGUACCGACCAAAUAACGGCUACACGAGACCUCUUAUCAUGUCGAGAUUAGAUGGUGAUUCUAUCACUAGUAAUGCUAAUGGCGUUAUUAAUGGAAACCAAGGUGGUUCUAUCGCUGCGAAUGCCAAUGGCUACAUAGGUGGUAAUGGUGGGCAAAUUGCCAGCAUCACCAACGGAUAUAUUGCUCGUCAAAUUGCUGAGGCUAUUGAUUACGGCAGUGCUAAAGGAUUUAUUGCCAACCAAAUUGCCGAGUUUCUUGAUGCAAACGAUUUAGCGGUUGUUGAUGCUCGGCAAGUGGGAAAAAUCUUAGGUACUGCUAACGGACUUAUAGCUGGAGGUGGAGGAUCUAUUUCUGCAAAUGCCAAUGGCUACAUCGGUGGUAAUGGUGGCCAAAUUGCCGCCAAUGCUAACGGAGUUAUUGCUAGUCGCAUUGCCGAGCUUCUUGAUGCAAACAAUUUAGCGGUUGUUGAUGCUCGCAAUGUGGGACAAAUCUCAGGUACUGCUAAUGGAGUUAUAAAUGGUGGCAGCGGUUCUGGCUCUGCUAAUGGCAACAGCUACAUCGAUGGUGUUGGCGGGGGCGCUGGAGGAGGAAUCGGUUGGGGACUUGGUGGGGGUGUAGGCGGGGGAAUUGAAGAAAGAAUCGAUCGGGGAAUUGGUGAGGGAACAGGUGGAGGGCUUAGUGCGGAAGUAGGUGGAGGGCUUAGUGGGGAAAUAGGUGGGGGUGUUGGUGGGGGCGCAGUUGGCGAAAUUUCUGCUGGUGCUAAUGGGUGGAACCGUUAUGGCGAUGACAUUGAAGCCAUAAAUAAUAGAUUUAGCAUCGGUGGGCAUAUCGGUGGCAAAGUAGGUGCCUACCUUGGUGGCAAUUUAGGUGGAUAUGCUGGGGCCGGUGCCGGAGGAUACAUAUAUGGAUAAUAAGAUGGCUAAGGAAAUUCAACUAUAUUGAAUGAAGAAACAUUUAAUGUGAUACCAAUUGACGGAAAAGUUUCUUUGUCUGCAGUAAAAGGGUAUUAUAUCAGUCUGUAUAAAAAUAUCACAACAACGAAACAAAUAAAAAAUCU